AGCUCUACAAUUAUUGCCAGAUGUGCUCAGUUUCACAAAUAAAAGGUGGAGGAGCUGAUCACACAACUGUAUGAGCAGUCCCCACAGCGCUGAACAUUUAGCUCUGGAAUUACCCAACAGAUCUCGUGUCUGAUUUACGAGGAGUUUGUGUCACCCUUCGCGCGUGUUCCAAAAUGGGCAUCAGCUCAUGCCUCGCCAUACUUGUCCUCAUCUUCACACUCAGCCACGGUACUCCAACCGUUGAGAGGAAAUGUAGCAGCGAGAACUUGUCCAUCGUCGGUGGGAAUUACACCCUCUCGGACGGCACCAACCCCAACAGCCUGCUCACGUACAGCUGUCUAGAAGGCUAUUACCCCUUUCCCACCCAAAUGCGCCAAUGUCAAAGGUCUGGGCGUUGGUACCCACCGCUGAAGAAAAGCAAGCCUGCAGAGUGCCUGAUGGUCACCUGCCCAGACCCCUUGGUUUUUGAAUAUGGUUCAGUGAGUCCGAUUCAGAUGAUGUACUACGUCAACAAUGAGACCACCUACAAGUGUUUCGAUGGCUACAAAUUUGUGGGAUCCAAGACGCGAGUGUGUCAGCUCAAUGGAAAGUGGAGCGGAAAUACACCCAUCUGUGACCAAAGUUCGGCUGUAUGCCCUGACCCUGGGAUCCCCGCUGGUUCCAGGAGAACAGGACGCCAUUUCGAUAUUGACGACAAGGUGGCCUAUCGCUGUGACAACGGCUUGAUCCUAAUAGGAUCCGCAGAACGCGUUUGCCAGGAGAGCGGGGAGUGGACCGGGAUCGAGCCAGCCUGCUAUUAUAAACAUACCUACGACACUCCACAGGAGGUUGCGAAAGCCUUCAGCAAGGCAAUCAGUAGUGAUCUAGAUCUCGCUGUACUAGAUGAAAGCAACAAGACUCAGCAUGAAAAGAGGAUCCGACUGGAACAAGGUGGAAAUCUCCAUAUCUACAUAGCAAUAGACAAAUCGGACAGUGUUGAAGAAGAAAACUUUAUAAAUUCCAAGAAUGCUAUGAAGAAACUCAUUGAAAAGAUAAGUUUUUUUGAAGUCACCCCUAAAUAUGAACUCCUGUUCUUUGCCACCAAAGUGAAAGAAGUUGUUAAAAUUACUGAUCCUGGUAAUGAAAACGUCGACAUUAUACAAGAAUUGGAUAACUAUAAAUAUUCAGGACCGGAAGACAACUCAGGGACAAACAUUGCCCAGGCCUUUCAUACAAUCCUGGAGAGGAUGAGCAUCGUGAAGGAGCGGCAAAAGGCCACUUUCAAGGACGUCCGUCACGUGAUCAUCCUUUUCUCUGAUGGUAUUGCAAAUAUGGGGGGAAGCGCAGAUGACAAUGUGGCCAAAAUUAAAUACCUGGUGGAAUCUGUUCGAGGGAAAGAUUGGGAAGAUUAUUUGGAUAUCUAUACAUUUGGUGUGGGGCCUGAAAUUAAUGAGGAUGCACUUAACAGCAUAGCGUCGAAAAAGCCUGAUGAACGUCACUUCUACAAGCUAAAGGAUAUCAAGUCCCUGGAGCAGACAUUCGACGAAAUGAUUGAUGAGAGUGACAGCGUGGGCUUAUGUGGGCUCCACAGAGACUACGUCUCGAACAUCAACAAGCGUCAAAGGUACCCCUGGCUGGUAAAGAUCUCAGUAAACCGUGAGGGUAAAGAGAGCACCUGUAUAGGUUCCCUUGUUAACACUCGCUUUGUGCUGACGGCGGCCCACUGCUUCACGCUGGACGACACGGAAAAGUUACACAGGAUCAUUGUUGAAAUUCACAAUCCUCCAGCCUACAAGGUUAAAAGCGUAAGACCCCAUAAGAACUACAACAACCAAGCCAAGAAGGAUUUAGGGAUACCAGAGUUUUACGACUACGACGUGGCCCUCAUUGAGCUGGAAAAAGAUGUGACGUUCUCAGCCAACAUCAGGCCCAUCUGCAUACCCUGCACUAAGGAAGCCAGUCAUGCUCUAGGGCUGCCUGACACUGCAACGUGUAAGGACCAGGAAGAGUUGCUGCUGAAGACUGACUUUGAAUAUGCCAGUUUCAUGUCUAAGCAACUUCAACAGAAAAAUGUCACUAUCAAGCUGAAUUCCAAGAGAGACAAUUGUAUUGAAGAUGCUCUGGAGACCAUUAAAAUUGAAGACAGGGGUAAAGUUAAAGCUAAAGACAUCGUGACCGACAACUUCCUGUGCACAGGAGGAAUCGAUGGGCCUCAAGGGCAAACAGAUGAUAUUUCAUGCAAAGGUGAAUCGGGUGGAGCAUUGUUUGUGCAGAAGAAGAGAAGGCUGAUUCAGGUGGGAAUCAUAAGCUGGGGUGUCAAGAAUCUGUGCCAGGUAGAUAACCCGAAGUCCGAUGAAAAGUCAAGGGAUUUCCACAUCAACCUCUUUAGAGUUACGGACUUCCUCAAAGAGAGACUCGGAAAAACAGGAGAAACCUAUGCGCCACUGACUUUUAUUAAGUGAACAAAUCCACGAUUAACUAAGAACAAGUGUGUUUUUCAUUAUGUGUCUCUUAUUGGUAAAAUAAAAUACAAUGGGAUAGAUUUCA